AUGUUCCUUCCCACAGCUUUCUUGAUCCUACUCUUCUUCUCAAACUCAAAUCCCACAUAUGUUUCAAGCCAAUCUGACAAAGAGUUGCUGCUCGAGUUGAGAAACAACCUCACCUAUGAUCCUUCUCUUUCAAGCAAGCUGGUGCAUUGGAAUGAAUCUAUCAGCUUCUGCCGGUGGGCCGGGGUGGAAUGCAACAGCAACGGAAGAGUUUCCGGCCUUGAUCUCAGCCAAGAAUCGAUCUCCGAUGGGAUCAACGGCGCCCACAGCCCUCUCUUCAGGCUCACAGCUCUGCAGAGUUUGAGCUUAUCCCAAAACUCCUUUGCUUCCAUUGAGUUCCCAUCUGGAUUCGGACAGCUGGCAGAGUUAAGGUAUCUCAGCCUAAGCAGUUCCGGUUUUUCGGGGCAGAUUCCAUCGGAUUUAUCAAACUUAACGAGGUUAGUUGCUCUUGAUCUAUCACAAGACUUCACCUCAUCACUCAAUCUCCCUAAUCUGCGGAGAUUGAUCCAAAACUUCACUAGCCUCACACAGCUUCAUCUCGAUGGAGUCAAUAUCUCUGCAAAUGGGAAUGCAUGGGGCAGCGGUAUAUCAUCUUCUCUGCCUAAUCUGGAGGUGCUCUCCCUCACCUCCUGCAGCUUAUCCGGCGUGGUUCCCGCGGAACUGCUCCGGAUAAACAGUCUGCAGAGGCUCCAUUUAGGCGGCAACGAGGCUCUCGGAGGCUCCUUCCCUGAAUUUCCUUCUGGUGGAUCUCUGUUAACGGAGCUCAAUGUUGCAGGUAGUAAUAUCUCAGGGCAAAUUCCUAGUACAAUCAAGAACCUUAGACGGCUGGUCGUGCUGAACCUCGCGAUGAACCGGUUUUCCGGUCCGGUUCCAUCUUUUGCUUUGUUGAAGAAUCUUACAAGAAUAGACCUUAAAGGGAAUAGAUUGACAGGCAGAAUCCCAGACUCCCUUUGGGAAGGCCUUGACAAUCUAAAUUCUCUAGAUUUGAGUGGGAAUUUGUUAGAAGGUGAAAUCCCACCAUCUCUGUUUCGUCUUCCACUUCUUGAAGAGUUACUUCUUUUCAACAACAGCUUUUCUGGUUUCAUCGGAGCCUCAACGAAUGUCGUGUCUCCGAUUCGAGCUCUUGAUCUCAGCUUCAACAGAUUGGAAGGCACCAUCCCUUCUUUCUUGUUCGAGCUCCGAAACCUUUCGACUCUCGAUCUCUCUUCCAACAAGUUUAAUGGCUCGGUUGAGCUAGCCGAUUUCCAGAAGCUGACGAGCCUCUCCGGACUCGUUCUCUCCUACAACAAUGUGUCUGUACGCGUCGAUGAAACGGCGUCGUUUGCUUCCUUGCUUCCUAAUGUCUGGACCUUGAAGCUGGCUUCUUGCAAGCUGCGGAAGCUGCCCAAUUUCGCGAAUUACACAGUUCUAGCAAUGCUUGAUCUCUCAGACAACGAGCUCGAAGGUGAGAUUCCUAACUGGAUGUGGGAAGGCUUCCUGCGUUUCUUGAACAUUUCACAAAACCGGUUUAGCCAUUUUCAAGAACCUUAUAAUCUCCGAAAGCUGGAUUACCUUAAUCUCCACGCGAACAGCCUCGUUGGCAGAAUCCCGUCUCCUUUGUCAUCUGCCGUCGUUUUGGAUUUCUCCGGCAAUAACUUCUCCUCCAUCUCCCCCGACGUCGGAGAUUCCCUGCGGCGCGCCAUGUUCUUCUCCGCCGCGGAUAAUCAGAUCGCGGGAGAGAUCCCGCAAUCCUUCUGCAAUGCGACCGGCCUCGACGUGCUGGACCUGUCGAACAAUGGAUUCCGUGGCGGAAUCCCUUCGUGUCUGCUCAACAACACGAUCAGAGUCUUGAAUCUGAGAAGAAACGAGCUCGACGGAGGCGUGCCGGAUGCGUUUCCUGUGAAUUGCUCCUUGGAAACUGUUGAUCUCAGCAGGAAUGUUCUAGAAGGGAAGCUUCCAGAAUCUUUGGCGAGAUGCAGCGAGCUCGAGGUGUUGGACCUCGCAAACAACGCGUUCGAUGACUCCUUCCCUUGCUGGCUCAGAACCUUCUCGAAGCUUCGUGUGCUUGUGCUGCGCAACAAUAUGUUGCAUGGAAACAUGAGCUGCUUAAGAGAGACGGAGACAUAUUCAUGGCGGAAUCUUCAAAUCAUCGAUUUGGCGUCCAACAACAUAACCGGCGUGAUACCCGCGAAAUUGUUUGAAAACCUGCAGGCGUUAAUCGAUGAGGAAAACCGGCCUGAUCACCUGCAUUUUAGUAUGGAGACAGUUGUUGGCCUUUACUAUCAAGAUUCGGUGACGGUUAGCAUGAAGGGGCAGACGUAUGAGCUGGAGAAGAUUCAGACGAUCUUCACCUCGAUCGAUUUCUCAGACAACAAUCUGCAAGGAGCGAUACCUAAUUCAAUUGGAGAAUUGAAAUCUCUGUAUCUCCUCAACUUGUCACGUAAUUCCUUUUCCGGCCAUAUUCCAUCAUCGGCGGCGCGUGCGGUGAAACUGCAGUCGCUGGACUUGUCGUUCAACGGCCUCGAUGGGGAGAUCCCGAGUGAGUUGGCUGAUCUGACGUUCCUCGCGGUGUUGAACUUGUCGUAUAAUGAUCUGGUUGGAAGGAUUCCUGCGGGCAGCCAGUUUCAGACGUUUGAGGAGAGCUCCUUCGCGGGGAACGCGGGGCUCUGCGGCUUCCCUCUCGACGUAGCUUGCGCUGAUGAGGGAGCGCCGCCGCCGCCUGCAUUUCUGCAAGGAGAGGAGGGAUUUUCGGAGAGAGAGCUAUAUGUGAGUUUGGUUUUGGGAUUUGGUGUGGGAUUAGGAUUCAUUGGUGCGCCGCUUUUGUUGUGUAAGAGAUGGAGAAGCUAUUACGAUAAGCAUCUCACUAGAAUUGCGUUUUUGGUUUUGCUGUGGUAG